GGAGGAUACUUCUGGGGCACAGAUACUAAACCUUCCCUGAAAAACAACCUCACAUCACAUCUCAUUCGCCUCGAGGAAGACAUCAUCGCAAAUUGAUGGAAUAUUCCAAUGCACGCGUCGUGCUCGUUUAUUAAUUUGGAUCAUUAUGGCGGUCAAUUUCCAUGUUCAGGAAACUUGUUAGAUUUUUGGGGGGUCAGACGGAUUUUGUGAAUUUUGUGAAUUUUCGUAUAAGGAAUAAUACAAGAAUAGGUGAGGACCUUGCGUUAUUGCUCCAAUAUUUUAAAAAAAAUCGUCUAGAAAUAGUGGUUCUUUAAAUUGGCGUAUUUUGUAGAUUCGAUGUAGAAUACAACACUCCCAAUAUUCCAUAGCCUAACCUGAAACUAUCGCUGAAGGUCGCCAAGUAUCCGUGACUGAACUGUUGAAUCUUUGAAGCCUAUUUUCGGCUACAACUUCUGCUUAUUUAUAGACAUUUAGCUAUAAAUAAUUUAUAUUAUUCAACAAAUAUCUUGACCACAAAAGUCUGCCUAGUCCAGAUUUAUAGAGAUGUUUGAGAUUCCAACCAUAGAUAGAGUCGUUAAGGGAGUUGUAUUGUAGCCUAUAACAGGUGGUUUUAGUCAAGGGCACUCUGCCUGCCUGCCGCGCGCAUUGGACUUGUUGAAGCAACAACCCGUACAGUUGGAUAAAUCAGUAGUGUUACAACAAGGACUGACAUGAGGACAAACUCAACUGUCACCGUGUGAUUUUUGAUUUUGCUUCAGCGGUAUAUAAUAACGGAAUAACAAAACAAACCAACGGAAUAACCAACCAUCUCCAUCUAAAUCUAUGAUCAGCUCGGUGUGUGUUUCGUCUUACCGAGGACGGAAAUCAGGCAACAAACCCCAGUCCAAGACAUGUCUGAAGGAAGAGAUGGCCAGGGGGGAAGAAUCGGAAAAAAUAAUAAUCAAUGUUGGUGGCACAAGACACGAAACCUACAAGAGCACACUUAGGACCCUACCGGGGACGCGCCUGGCAUUGUUAGCCGACCCGCCAGAGCCGGUGAACGACCCAGACACGGACUCCCUCCCACGAACGCCCUCCCAAUCCAGACCCAUAUCUCCAUAUCCAACUACAAACGAGUUAUUUUUCGACCGGCACCCUGGCAUAUUCGCUUACGUGUUGAACUAUUACAGGACUGGCAAGCUUCAUUGCCCCGCGGAUGUCUGCGGGCCUCUUUUUGAAGAGGAGUUGGCGUUUUGGAUGAUAGAUGAGACCGACGUGGAGCCGUGUUGCUGGAUGACAUACCGGCAGCACCGGGAUGCAGAGGAGGCACUGGACAUAUUCGAACCACCGGACCCAAAUGACACGGACGAUGAACUACCCAGACGGUUCGGGAUCGAUGACUGCCCGGGCAGAUCGAGGGGAUGCUGCGAAGUUUGGCAACCAAAGAUAUGGGCUCUCUUUGAGGACCCAUACUCAUCCAGGGCUGCUAGAGGCAUAGCGUUUGCCUCCCUGUUCUUUAUCCUGGUUUCCAUCACUACGUUCUGUCUGGAGACCCACGAGUACUUCAACGACCUGCAGAACCGCACGGAACGCGUGGUGGUGGGGAACCACACUAAGGAGGUGGUCUUGGUGGAGGUGGUGACCAAGCCCAUUCUGACCGUGGUGGAGGGCGUUUGUGUGGUCUGGUUCACUUUUGAGUUCUUGGUCCGCAUCGUGUGCUGCCCCGACAAGCUGCUCUUCAUCAAGAACAUGUUAAACGUCAUUGACUUCGUGGCUAUCCUGCCCUUCUAUCUGGAGAUGAGCCUCAGCGGUCUAUCCUCUAAAGCAGCCUCCGACAUCCUCGGAUUUCUACGAGUAGUCCGCUUCGUCCGGAUCCUCCGGAUCUUUAAGCUGACCAGGCAUUUCGUCGGUCUGAGGGUUCUCGGCCACACGUUGAAAGCCAGCGUCAACGAGUUCUGCCUGCUUAUCGUCUUCCUGGCGUUGGGCGUCCUCAUCUUCGCCACAAUGAUCUACUACGCAGAGCGGAUAGGGGCCCAACCGGACGACCCCCGCGGCUCCAACCACACCCACUUCAAGAACAUCCCUAUCUCCUUCUGGUGGGCCGUGGUCACCAUGACUACCCUGGGCUACGGGGACAUGUACCCCAAGACGUGGCUGGGCAUGAUGGUGGGCGCUCUGUGCGCCCUAUCGGGGGUGCUUACCAUCGCCAUGCCCGUGCCUGUUAUUGUCAAUAACUUUGGGAUGUACUACUCCCUGGCCAUGGCUAAACAGAAGCUGCCUAAGAAGAAGAAGGCGCACAACCCGAACCCGGACGCUCCCACGGACACGGCCUCGUUCGGGAAGUCCGUCACAACCUCUCCCAGGGACAGUAUUCAGAGUGAUACGUGUCCGCUGGCUGCAGAGAAUAUCAACAGGAACCGCUCAGACUCCAAGCAGAACGGAGACGCCAACUUGGCUCUGUCGUCGGAUGAGGGGUGCAGCCUGACCCAGCCGCUGUCACCCAGCGAGGGGUGGAACCUACGGCACGCCCACGGUCAUGGUCGAGAACACGCCCGGACGGUCAGGGGGAACGAGACCGCCAAGAAAGAGGCAACCUGCUUCCUGCUCACCUCUGGAGACUUCUCCUGCUCUGGAGGAGAGCACACCAUACGCACUGAGAGCUGUAAAGACAUCCUGGCAGCUACUGGAAUCUACACCCAACCAGAAAUCACCACUCUGACCUGAAGAAGCCAUUUUGGUCGAUGAAGGACAAGUGGGUGUGAACCAGGGUGCAUGGGGCGGAGCUUUAGAUAUAGGCCCCUCCUUCCUUCUCUAACUAAUGUGGAAGGUCUGGAUCCUUCCGGAAGGUUCCAGAAGAAGAAGAACACUUGUCUUUCUGCCGAGUACACAGUACCCAAACUCUGCGGUAGAAUACUUCUAUCUGAUGCUUUAGAAUAUAUAGUGUUGUAUGUACACACAUCUGUCUGUUUCCAAGCAUUUAGCAUGUAUUGUAUUGCAUGAUCUAGCUCUAUAUAAUGCACCUUGAGAAAAUAAAGAUCAGUGAACUUAAUGCUAAGGGGCACAUCUACAGUUGAGGAGCGUUUUGAAUAUCAAUAGUAUCUCCUCUGAUGUUAAUUCUCUGAGUUUCAAUCAAAGAACAAUAUUUCCAAAUGGUGUUUUCAAGAAAUUGCUACUAUGGCAUUUGUGUAUUCUGUUUUGAAAGUUUGCAAUACAGUAUAUGAUCAGUUCAUAGUCCUUGUGGAGAACCCUGAGACCAGAAACAACAUUUUAUGUUUCAGUUAAAAAAUGCUGCAGUCUUUCAUCAAUGUAGCAUAAUUGGUCAAUAUUGACUAACUAAAAUACUACAGAAGUGUUUAGAGUUGCAUUGUGUAGAAAAGUGACUGUGAACAAAUUACAGUAGGAUUAGAGCUAGUAGUCAUUGUUCCAAGUUGACUGACUCCCAACAAAAAGAUCCCAUUAUGUCCAGCUUUGUUUUGAUUAAAACAUAAUGGUAAAUGGCCUCCCGAGUGGCGCAGUGGUCUAAGGCACUGCAUCGCAUUGUUGCGGCGUCACUACAGCCUGGGGUU